AAAGCGCAUGUGCACGAGUCCGACCAAACAAUCAAAAGUCCGCUUUCUGCCAAAUAGGCAUCGGCCUCAGUCGCUCCUCGGAAUCGCGGCUGUCCGCACGUAGCACCGCUACGCCUACCCCCUACGAACUUCGCUUCCGCUACGAGUGCUACGACAUGUCACACUAAGAUAAAGUCCCCGCGCUACGCUGCGAUGUGACUUGAAGGAUGUUGUUGGGAAAACUUUUGUUCUGUAUACACUUCGGACUUGUCUUCCAUGUUGUGAUUUGUUACAAGGAUACCGCUGAGGUCCCCCGCUUUGAAGAUAGCCUUAACAACUUGACCGUGUCAUUAGGAAGAGAGGCGGUCUUCACUUGUGUCGUCAAUGACCUUGGAUCUUACAGGGUGGCGUGGUUACGCGUGGACACGCAGACUAUCCUGACGAUUGCAGGCCACGUGAUCACGAAGAACCAUAGGAUUGCUGUUAACCACAGCGACAGGAGAGUCUGGUUCCUCCACAUACAUGACGUUCGGCAGGCGGAUCGCGGCUGGUACAUGUGUCAGCUUAACACCGACCCUAUGAAGAGCCAAACUGCCUACUUGGACGUUGUAGUGCCGCCGGAUAUCUUGGACUACCCCACGAGCAGCGAUCAGGUGGCAAGGGAGGGCGCCAACGUGUCGUUGCGGUGCGCGGCGCACGGCGUGCCCACGCCUAACGUGGUUUGGCGGCGCGAGGCUGGUGACCUGCUGCUCGCUACCAACUUUAGCGACACUCAAAAUUCAUCAGUGAGCGGCGCGGCGCUGCACCUGGUGAAGGUGUCGCGGCUGCACAUGGGCGCCUACCUUUGCAUCGCGAGCAACGGCGUGCCGCCCUCCGUCAGCAAGCGCAUCAUGCUGGUGGUGCACUUUCCCCCUAUUAUGACAAUACAGAACCAGCUGGUGGGAGCAAAGGAGGGCGACACGGUGCAUCUUGACUGCCACUCGGAAGCUUUUCCCAGAUCUAUCAACUAUUGGACGAUAAACGACCAAAUCAUAUCACAGUCGGACAAAAGAUUCGAGAUCACCGCAGUGGAAAGAGGGUACGAAGUGGACAUGCGGUUGAAGAUCAAGAAAGUAGUGCGGUCCACGUUCGGCACAUACAGUUGCAUAUCAAAGAACUCGCUUGGCGACACCGACGGGACAAUCAAAUUGUACUCGCUGACGGGCAAGUUUGAGGAGGCGCAGUACAACGAGGUGGGCGAAGAUGAGACGCCGGACGUCAGCGAGCUCGAAGCACUAAAGCGCAGUGGCGCGUGCGCAGUUGUUCACCUCGCGCUUCCGCUGCUGCUACUUCCCGCGUUAUAACUUUAUUUGUAUAUACCAAAUAUAUUGUUACUGUAAUAUUUU